GCCGAAGAGAGGAGGAUACAAACAUCUCAUUGAAAGGCAGCCCAGAGUAUUUAAAGAUCAAGAGACUUCUGCUAACCAUCAGUCCUGCAAACAGGUGAAGGGAAAAUGCCGCGCUCUUUCUUGGUGAAAAGUAAGAAGAUCCACUCGUAUCACCAGUACCGUGUUGUGGACGAUGACCUCAUUGUGCCCAAGUGGGAUCUGGCAACAGUGGCACCCAGUUCCAGUGAGCAGAGGAAGGCCUUCAGUGUGGAUGGCCCAGAAUGCCCAGCUCCCAAAGAAGAAAAUGACCCCAACGGAACGAAAGAAGAAAGCUCUCCUGUUCAGGGGAUGACCAGGACCAUAUCUGGGUCUCCAACGCCAGAGAUGCCUGCUUCAGCUCUGGCAACCAGGGAGCGCAGAACCUCCAUGAGCAGCCGUGACCCGUUCUACAAGCCCGGUUUCUCCUGGGAUGCCUUCCGUGCCCCGCCCUACGGCUACCUGCCGAUGUCCUCUGCCCUCCUGGACCGCUCCAUCAGCCUCUAUGGGAGUCACCUGCUUCCAGCCUCCGAGCCACCUCUUGACUACAGCAUGCGGUACUCCCCGGACAUGGAGUCGUACCAUUGUGUCAUUUGCCACAAAAUCUUUUCCACCCCCCAUGGCCUAGAGGUCCAUGUCCGAAGAUCCCAUAGCGGCACACGACCUUUUGCUUGUGACGUGUGUGGCAAAACCUUUGGGCAUGCCGUGAGCUUGGAGCAACACACCAACAUCCAUUCUCAGGAGAAAAGCUUCGAGUGUAAAAUGUGUGGGAAGGCUUUCAAGCGGUCCUCUACACUCUCCACCCACCUGCUGAUCCACUCGGACACACGGCCGUACCCCUGCCAGUACUGCGGGAAGCGCUUCCACCAGAAGUCGGACAUGAAGAAGCACACCUACAUCCACACUGGAGAGAAGCCCCAUAAGUGCCAGGUCUGCGGCAAAGCCUUCAGCCAGAGCUCCAACCUCAUCACACACAGCCGCAAGCACACCGGGUUCAAGCCCUUCACCUGUGAGCAAUGUGGGAAGGGCUUCCAGCGCAAAGUGGAUCUCCGGCGUCACCGGGAGAGUCAGCACAGCCUCAAGUGAGCCGGGAGCCGGACCCUUGACUUACUUCGGGAAGAAGCAGAGAGAGAGAAGCAAACCUGAGAAAAGGCAGAGAAGGGGGCCUCCUUGAGAGAACAGCCCUGCUGGAUCAGGCCCAAGCCCUACCCAGUCCAGCAUCCUGUUUCCCUCCGAUGCUGGAGGUGUCCUAUAGCCACCAGACUACUAGCCACUGUGCUCUGUGGAUUUGCCCAAGCCCUGCUUCAAGCCAUCCAAGCUGGUGGCCAUCACCACCUCCUGUAGCAGAGACUUCCACAAGUUUAUUCUGUGCAGUAUGAAACAAGUACUUCAUUUUGUCAGACCUCAGUUUCCUGGCAAUCGGUUUCCUGGGAUGACUCCUGGCUCUAGUGCUGUGAGAGAGGGAGAGAGAAGAAUUUCUUUCUCUUCACUCUUUCCAUGCCACGCAUAAAAGGCAAGGCAAGCUGGACCUCUCAUGCUUCACUUAAGUUUCCCUCUUCUAUAAACUGAAGCAAAGACCUUCUUCUUCUUCUCCAGCUCUUCUCCUUCUCUAUUUCUUCUCCUCUUCUCCUUCUCCUUCUCUAUUUCUUCUCCUUCUCCAUCUCCUUCUCUAUGUCGCCCAGAGACGGAAGUUUGAGGCGGUGUACAAAUGUAAUAAAUAAAUAAAUGUUUCUUCUCCUUCUCCUCUCCUUCUCUUUCUCCAUCUCUUCUCCUUCUCCCUCUUCUCCUUUCCUUCUCUUUCUCUCCUCCUCCUCCUUCUCUAUCUUCUCUCCUUCUCCUUCUUUUCCCCUUCUCCUUCUCCAUCCCUC